AUGUAUUGCGACAAACUAACGUAUGACCUUUCUGUGGAAGAGUAUUUGAACCUUGAUAUAGAUUCUUUAGAAAAAGACCCACUUCAUCUAUUGGAUACAAAUCUAUUAGGUUCAAUUGAUACUCAAUUUGACCAGCUGCUAGUGCAAAUUGAACCCAUUGCUACGAAUAUUGCUAAAGAAUUUUCAAUUGAACCAUCAAUUGAUCUGCAAACCGAACAGCUCGAUUAUCUGCUAUUUAUGGACUCUACGCUAACUAAUGUCACCUCUAGGAGGCUGUCAUAUGGACAAUAUGGGAAAGUGAACCCUUUGCAAUCAAACGGAAUGCAAGCAUUACAAGAAUUUGAAUUGAGAACUAUUCCAACACAACUUGAAUUCAUUCACAAGACACUGUCCCAAGAAACCAUCUGUGAGCCAGAAACCAUGGCAAUUCAACAAGGUGUAUCAGGUGACCGUGCUAAGUAUGCAGAUGGGAUUUUGCCCUCCAAUCCACAUAGCCUUGAAACUUCAGAUACUGAUGUUGAAGAUAAGUUUGAUUUAAAAAUCCAACCCAAUUAUUUAGUUGGAGAUUUAACUAGUGCAGACAACUUAAAGUUCCCAUUGGGAAGUAAUUAUUUCAGAGAGAAGGUUCAAGUAGGGACGCAAACAGACCCCAUCAAGAAAGAGUUCGAGAGUAUUAAAUUGGAUGUACCUAGCUGUCCAGCCUUUGACCACAAUUAUGUGACAGUCGUGAAUGAUGGAAGUCUUACUCACGUACCAUUGAAUAUUGAUUUUUUUGAGCAAUUCAUCCAAUUCCCUACAUCAUAUAACGUGAAUGAAACUGGAUAUGGUUACAAUCAGCCACAAUAUACCUUACCAAAUCCUCUAUUGAAUAACAAUAGUUCCAUGAAUUGUUAUGAACCUCUUGGGGUUGAUAAUUAUAUGCAAAAUAUCCAAGCACACGCCAACUCUGACAUCAUCAACCUUAACAAUUGUACAAAUGCUGAUAUUGAAAUGUAUAAUAAGGUUAAAUUGGAACCUGUUGAUGACAAUUCAUAUGAGAUAGCACAAUCUCAUAUUAGCAAGAAUCUCAACAUAAUCGACAGCGUGCCCAGACAUUUAAUCCAGAAUAAUGUAGCGCCUAAAGUUUACGGAAAGGUAGCAAAGGGUGGAGAAGUUAGCGAUGGAGUUUAUACUGGCGCAAAAUCAAGUGGAAAGCGUAUUGGAAAAUUAAGACCUGGACCUGGAAGUCAAUUUCAAGCUCAAAGGAGAAAUUAUGAUUUUGGAAUAGUUCAAGAUGCUCAAUUCAUUAAGGUUGAAGAAGAAUCUCUUAUUAAUAGGGCAAGGUUGGAGACACUGGUACCAAUUGAAAAGCUCAUUGCAAAUGUAUUAAUAAGAUUGAAGCCCGAGGACGAGGAGCGAGUCACACGUAUCCCCAGAACAAGAUAUAUCCGGGGCGAUAUUUCAUACCUUGAAGGAUUGAUCCCAAACAUGCGGUUUGAAUAUAAUCCAUGUUUUGGAAUUGAUAGACCAUAUGAACCGGAAUUUAUUUGUUAUUUAGUUGAUCCUGAAAAUGGAUUAGCAUUGAAUUCAACUAGAUGUGGAUUAUGUGCAUAUUGUGAGGAAUGCCAUUUCAGGAACUUUAAAACAUCCACUUUUCUUCAACAUUAUCAGUUACAUCAUGGUAUCCAUACUGAUAAUUAUUUGACGCCUAAUCCUUCACAUUAUGGAGAUUAUUUGACGAAAAAGGAUAAGAAUCUUGAUGGUAGAAAGACCCAUGCUCAUGAGCAGGAACACACUGGGGUUGUUUGUCCGAUUUGUUAUGAAGUUGUUGAAACUGAAUGCUCUAAGGCCACCAUAGAUAAGCCAUUGACAGCUUAUCUUCGUCAUUUUAGGGAUAAUCAUAGGAAAUCUCGUUACAGAGGAGAUCGCACCAAGUAUUAUACUGGAUACGCUAGGUAG